CCGCCUCUUCCCGUUCCGUACAGUGGCAGCGUUUUCCCGCGAAUCCGCUGCACUCGGGGCAGGACUGGGGCUGCUGGAAUGAAUACAUGAGCUAUUCUUUAUUUUUAAUCAAUUAAAACCAUCUACUGCACAACAAGCUUUCGGACAUGGCUAAGCAAAGUUCCCUGUUUAAUUUCUUCACAAAGUCACCGCCGCUCGUGACAAAGGCCAAAUCCAGCCCGUCACCGGUGGAAGCGGACGUUCCCUCAAACAAAUCCAACACAUCUCCUAAAGAAGAGGCGAAAAUUAACAAGAAAACCACAUCAAAACCAGUCAAAGAUCACCAGAAGACCGGCCAUGCGAAACUUUUUGGAGAUAAAGCGGUUUCUGCAAAGCAGAGUUCCUCAUCUAUGUUUAGUGCUGGUGCUCUUGUAUGGGCUAAGAUGGAGGGUCAUCCCUGGUGGCCCUGUAUGGUUGUGCCUCAGCCUCUGACCGGACAGCAGAUGAGAGGUCGUGGCCGAGACCAAAGACUUCACGUGCACUUCUUUGACGAACCACCGACACGUGGUUGGGUUAACACAAAGUACAUAAGGGACUAUCAAGGUUCUGAUAGCCCAGAUGCCAAAUCAGGUGGUGUUUUCUUUAGUGGUAAACCUGUUAUUCGUAAAGCGAUGGAGCUGGCAGACCUUGCAAUGAAAGAGAGUGCAGAGCAGAGACUGAAGAUGCCAAUGUGUGCGGAUCCCUCGGAUGAAGAAGAGGGAGAUGAAGAGGAUAUGGAGGUUGAGAAAUCAACCUUAUCAGAUGAGGAAAUGUCUGAAGAAGAGGUUGAGGAAAAGGUAAAGCCUGGUCGUCGUUCAUCUCGUGCUGCAGCCGAAAAAGGUCAGAAGUCCAAGCGUCGACGCAUUGUGGUGGCGUCUGACAGCGAGGACUCCGGUGAAGAGUUUAAACCUGAUCAGCACGCAGCAGGUAGCAGUGAUGAGGAGGAAGAGGAGGAGACUGUGAGCAGUGGGGUUGAGGAAGAGAGCGAACCCGAGGCAGAACCAGACAGCCCUGUGAAACCAUUGAAACGCAAACGCUCUGAAAAGCCAGCUAAAGCAAAGAACAAACCUGCCUCCUCAAAUACCCCUAAACGGGCACCAGUAACAUCUGUAACUCCAUCUUUGGGAUCUAACACCAAGUCACGCCUAUCUGCUUUCUCUGCCCCGGACAACUUUGAGAGUCAGAACAGUGGUACCGGCGGACAGGAUGGAGGGUCCACCGUGUGGGACCACGAGAAACUCGACUGGCUUCAGGAUGGCAAAAGAAAAGAUGGCCAGCGAAAACGUCAGUCUGACGAAAACUACGACCCCACGACUCUAUACGUACCCGAGGAUUUUUUGAACAGGACAACACCUGGAAUGCGCCGCUGGUGGCAGCUGAAGAGUGAAAUGUUUGAUACGGUUCUGUUUUAUAAGGUUGGCAAGUUCUACGAGCUCUACCACAUGGAUGCCGUUAUUGGCGUGAAUGAAUUGGCUCUAACCUUCAUGAAGGGCAGUUGGGCCCAUUCUGGCUUCCCUGAGAUUGGCUUUGGACGUUUCUCUGAUGUUCUGGUACAGAAAGGCUACAAAGUGGCUCGUGUGGAACAAACCGAGACACCUGAGAUGAUGGAAGCGAGAUGUAAGGCCAUGGCACGUCCCACCAAGUUUGACCGUGUUGUCAAGCGAGAGGUUUGUCGAAUCAUCACGCGAGGCACCCAGACCUACAGCGUGCUUGACGGUGCCCCUUCUGAAACGCAAAGCAAGUAUCUGCUCAGCGUUAAAGAGAAGAGUGAAGAAGACAGCGCAGGUCAUGGCCACAUCUACGGGGUCUGCUUCGUCGACACUUCUGUAGGACACUUCCACGUCGGACAGUUUCAAGAUGACCGACACUGUUCCCGUCUGCGUACCAUGGUGGCACACUACUCUCCCGCCCAGGUUCUGUUUGAGAAGGGCAACCCAUCAGCUGAGACGCUUAAAAUGUUUAAGGCCAUCUUGUCAUCUGCUCUACAGGAAGGACUGAAUGCUGGUUCACAGUUUUGGGAUGCCCAGAAGACUCUCAAGAUUCUUGCAGAGGAAGACUACUUCAAAGAAAGCACAGCUGACAACGAAGGAGGAUCGGUUCUCCCUUUGACCCUUAAAGCUAUGACGUCUGAAAGUGACUCUCUGAGUCUCACUCCAAAGAAGGGGUAUGAACUAGCUCUUUCUGCACUUGGGGGCUGCAUGUUCUACCUUAAGAAAUGUCUUGUAGACCAAGAGCUUCUUUCUAUGGGCAACUUUGAGGAGUAUAUUCCUGUGGAUGUUGAGAUGGAGCAAGCAGGUGGAGCGUCAUGUUUUUUUGCAAAGACUCGCCAAAGGAUGGUCCUGGAUGGAGUGACCCUUGCCAAUCUUGAGAUCCUUCAGAAUAGCUCGACCGGGGGUCCGGAGGGAUCCCUGCUUGAACGGUUGGAUACCUGCUGCACUCCUUUUGGAAAAAGACUCCUCAAGCAAUGGCUCUGCGCCCCUCUUUGUAAUCCAUCCUCUAUUGCAGAUCGUUUAGAUGCGCUGGAGGAUCUGAUGGGUGCUCCAUCCCAAGCUACUGAAGUCACAGACCUACUGAAGAAGCUUCCAGAUCUUGAGAGACUACUGAGUAAAAUCCACAGCAUGGGAACUCCUUUGAAAGGACAGGACCAUCCAGACUCCCGAGCCGUUCUGUACGAAGAGCUCAUCUACAGCAAACGAAAGAUAGCAGACUUUCUCGCAGCGCUCGAGGGCUUCAAAGUCAUGAAAGAAAUUGUGUCAGUCAUGGACCCUAUUGCUGAAGACUUCCGGGCUAAGCUGUUGCGGCAGGUGUUGCUUUUAAAAUCAGAAGACAAAGAGGGGCUUUUUCCCGACCUUUCACCAGAGCUCAAACGUUGGGACACGGCUUUCGACCAUCAGAAAGCUCGGACCACUGGUGUGAUAACCCCAAAGGCCGGCUUCGACCCAGAGUUUGACCAGGCUCUUAGUGGAAUAAAAGACUGUGAGAAAGACCUGCAAGAAUACCUGGACAAACAGAAGAAGAGAUUGGGUUGCAAAAACUUGUCUUAUUGGGGAACAGGAAGGAACCGUUACCAGUUAGAAGUUCCUGAUAGUGUUUCCGAAAGAAGCUUGCCGGAGGAGUACGAGGUGAGAUCCACUAAGAAGGGUUGGAAGCGAUACUCGACCAAAGAGAUUGAGCGUCUGUUUUCAGAGCUGCAGAGCUUGGAAGACAAAAGAGAUGCUGCACUUAAGGACUGCAUGAGAAGACUCUUCUACAAUUUUGACAAGAAUUACAAAGACUGGCAAACCGCUGUGGAGUGCAUGGCUGUUCUUGAUGUGUUGUUGAGCUUAUCCCGGUACAGUCAGAGCGGUGAUGGGCCAAUGGUGAGACCCGAGAUGGUUCUUCCAGGGGACAGGUGUCAGGCUUCACCCUUCUUGGAUCUAAGAGGUUCUCGUCAUCCAUGUGUCACCAAGACCUUCUUUGGCGACGACUUCAUCCCCAAUGACAUCUUCAUCGGUUGCCCUGGUGAUAAUGAAGAAGAGGAUCAAGAUAACAUGAAAGCACUUUCCCCAUGUGUUCUAGUCACUGGGCCAAACAUGGGAGGCAAAUCCACACUAAUGAGACAGUGCGGUCUGGUGGUGAUUUUGGCUCAGUUGGGCUGUUAUGUGCCUGCUGACAGUUUGCGUCUCACUCCUGUGGACCGAGUUUUCACUCGGCUUGGUGCCUCUGAUCGCAUCAUGUCGGGUGAGAGUACUUUCUUUGUGGAGCUCAGUGAGACGGCCAGCAUUUUGCUGCACGCAACCAACCACUCUCUCGUCCUCCUCGAUGAACUGGGCAGAGGUACGGCCACAUAUGACGGUACAGCCAUCGCCAGCGCAGUGGUGAAGGAGCUAUCGGAGAAGAUCUGUUGCCGUACUCUGUUCUCCACACAUUAUCACUCACUGGUGGAGGAUCAUGCUCGGGAUCCUGCAGUCAGGCUUGGACACAUGGCCUGCAUGGUGGAGAAUGAAUGCGAGGACCCCAGUCAGGAGACCAUCACCUUCCUGUACAAGUUCAUCGGUGGCGCUUGUCCCAAAAGUUACGGGUUCAACGCAGCUCGCUUGGCUAAUAUUCCAGAGGAGGUCAUCCAGUCCGGACAUAAAAAGGCCCGGGAGUUCGAGAGGAGCACGGUGUCUCUCAGGUUAUUUAAGAAAUUGUGUUCAUACGCUGAAGAUGCCACCGCCGCUCGUGACGAGUUCAACACAUUAGUUCAACUGAUCUGCAGUUUGUAGUUUAAUUAAAUGUUUUGAUUUGUGUUCGUAUUCACCCGUUCACAAUUCCAUGAGUUUUUUGUUUCAUUUCCCCCACGUAGAAAACAAUCCUCACUACUGAAACGAUCUAAUAAAGUUUAUUUUUAAAAAUGUAA